CUCUCUCUCACAUUUCAUGCUUACUUCUUCUUCUUCUUCAAUUUCAUUGCCCCCUUUCAAACCCUAACCCUAAUCCCCAAUGGCCUCCUCCCCCAACCACCAUAACGGCUCCGCCUCCAAAAAGCCCAAGCUCACUUUCAUCACCCCCGACGAAAUCGCCGCCGAAUUCUCCCACCACGACCCCGCCGUCGCCCGCAUCAACAACGGCAGCUUCGGCUCCUGCCCCGACUCCGUCCUCCAAUCCCAGCGCCGCUGGCAGCUCCAGUACCUCUCCCAGCCCGACGACUUCUACUUCAACCACCUCAAGUCCGGCAUCCUCCGCUCCCGCUCCAUCAUCCAACGCCUCAUCAACGCCGACCACGUCGACGAGGUCUCCCUCGUCGACAACGCCACCACCGCCGCCGCCAUCGUCCUCCAGCAGGCCGCCUGGGGCUUCUCCGAGUCCAAGUUCGAGAAAGGCGACGCCGUCGUCAUGCUCCACUACGCCUACGGCGCCGUCAAGAAAUCCAUCGAGGCUUACGUCACCCGCGCCGGUGGCCACGUCAUCGAGGUACCUCUCCCUUUUCCUUUGAAUUCGAAUGAGGAGAUUGUUUCCGAGUUUAAGAAGGCCUUGGAGAAGGGCAAGGCCAAUGGGAGGAGGGUUAGGCUAGCUGUGAUCGAUCACAUUACUUCGAUGCCGUGUGUGGUUAUACCUGUUAGGGAGUUGGUUAGGAUUUGUAGGGAGGAAGGUGUUGAUCAGGUUUUCGUCGACGCGGCGCAUAGCAUUGGGUGCACUGAGGUUGAUAUGAAGGAGAUUGGGGCUGAUUAUUACACUAGUAACCUGCACAAGUGGUUCUUUUGCCCGCCGUCCAUUGCGUUUUUGUAUUGCAGGAAGUCUCCCAAGAGUAAUGUGGAGUUGCACCACCCGGUGGUUUCGCACGAGUAUGGGAACGGAUUGGCUAUCGAGAGUGCUUGGAUUGGGACCAGGGACUACAGCCCGCAGCUGGUUGUGCCGGCGGUUUUGGACUUUGUCGAGAGGUUUGAAGGCGGAAUCGAGGGAAUUAGGAAGAGGAAUCACGACGCGGUUGUGGAAAUGGGGCAGAUGUUGGCCAAGGCUUGGGGAACACAUUUAGGGUGUCCGCCGGAAAUGUGUGCUAGCAUGGUCAUGAUUGGUUUGCCGGUGCGUUUGGGGAUUUCGAGUGAGAAGGAUACUUUAAAGUUGAGGACGCAUUUGAGGGAGAAGUUUGGUGUUGAAGUCCCUAUAUAUUUCCGGCCACCCAAGAAUGGGGAGGUUGAGGUGGUGACUGGGUAUUGUCGGAUUUCGCACCAAGUGUACAACAAAGUCGAUGAUUAUUACAAGUUCAGAGACGCGAUCAAUCAACUUGUUUCUGAUGGGUUUACUUGUGCUCUACAUACUUAAUUGAGGAGUCGGAUGAAGCAACUGAAGAAGUUCAUUUGAUGAAUAAAGUCCGGGGUUAUCUCCCUCUCCUGCAUGCCUCAGUAGUUGCAACGGUUUCAGUACCAUAUGUUCAAAAGAGUAGUUGAAAACAAGGUAGCAAAUUGCUAAGUGCAUGAAUCAUAGCAGGAACAAUUUUCGACAUGGUUUGUAGUGUUUAGACUUCCUGAAGAUGUUAACUUGUCUGUGCCACAGUUGUUGUAUAUAUUUGAUGACUGUCAAUUGCAUGGUUAAUGAACUUUAGUUGACUUUAGGCUGCGCAAUUAAUCUUUGGUUCUGAUCCAUUUUAGCUCCAUUUGCCUAGUUAUGCA